UACUGCCGCGGAUUUUGAAGUGAAGAAGCAACAACGGUGAUAGUAGAAUAUUAGUUGUAAUAAAUGCGUAACCAAAGCUGACACUAACAUUCAGUUGAAGGUACAGUAGGAGAACAGCUAACAAUGUCAGACUGUUCCAAAGACCCUAUUGUGAGUAGGGUAAUACGUUUGAACCAGCUCUUCCUGGGCAAAACAUGUCAUCAAGCUAAAGCCCAGCUGGGUAGGGAAGGUUUACUGGAUGCCCUGUUUGUCCUGUAUGAAGAAUGCAACAAUGAACACAUGCUGAAAAAUGAAUAUGUUGCUGCAUUUGUUGAAAAGUUUCGCCACUUUUUGUCUGAAUUACGCGAGCUAAGGAUAGGAGUGUCAGAUUUUGAAGUGGAGAAAGUUAUUGGACGAGGUCAUUUUGGAGAUGUUCAGUUAGUGAGAGAAAAACAAAAUGGAGAUGUAUAUGCCAUGAAAGUACUGAGGAAGAGUGAUACAUUAUCCCAGCAAAAUGUUGCAUUUUAUGAAGAAGAGAGAGAUAUCAUGGCUAAAGCUAAUAGCACCUGGUUGACACAGCUCCAGUAUGCAUUCCAGGAUGCACAUCAUCUCUAUCUCAUCAUGGAGUUCCACCCUGGAGGAGAUUUGCUCUCACUCCUUGGCAGAUAUGAUGAUGUAUUUGAAGAGAGUAUGACCAGGUUUUACCUGGCAGAGAUGGUCCUGGCUAUACAUAGUCUGCACACUAUGGGAUAUGUGCACAGAGAUAUCAAGCCAGAAAAUAUAUUGAUAGAUAGAACUGGUCAUAUCAAGCUGGCAGAUUUUGGAUCGGCUGCAAAACUAACAGCUGCAAAGACAGUGAUCUCUAAGAUGCCAGUGGGCACCCCAGACUACAUAGCCCCCGAGGUUCUGAUGUCCAUGAACAAUGAGAAGGGCACUGGUAGCUAUGGAGAGGAGUGUGACUGGUGGUCCCUGGGCUGUGUGGCUUAUGAGAUGUUGUAUGGGAACACACCUUUCACGGAUGAGAACUGCUCUGCCAUGGUCACCUACAGUAACAUCAUGGACUACAAGAAUCAUUUAAAGUUCCCUGCAGACACCCCAGUGUCUGAGUCCUGCACAGAUCUGAUGAAGCGCCUCCUGACCCAUGCUGACCGCAGGCUGGACUACCAGGGACUGUGCCACCACAAGUUCUUCAGUACAAUAGACCUCACCAACAUCAGGCAAACUAAACCCCCAUUCAUACCCACUGUUAACAGCCUGGAUGAUACUUCAAACUUUGAUGAGUUUGAUAAAAUACCAGAGGAGCCGUCCAUAGAUGACUUCAAGACUAGAAGAGAGUUUUCUGGAAAAGAUCUUCCAUUUAUUGGGUUUACCUACACCAAAGCACCACCAAGCAUUGAAAGGCUCAGCCAGUCUGACACUUCUAUGACUUCGGUAACAAACACGGACCACAUAGAGAAGCAGCUGUCCCUGAAGAACCAGCAGCUCCAGAACACCAAGGUGAAGUGUAUGGAGCUGGAGAGCCUGGAGUGCUCCAUGAGGGAGGAUGCCACCAAGCUGGAGAACAAGAUGCUGGAGAAAGAUGAACUUGUGAAGAAACUGAAAGACGAAAGAGACAUUUUGGAAAGGGACAUGGCUUCUUAUAUAACUGAAAUAAGUAAUUUAAAAAGACUUCUGCAGUUUGAAAAAGAGGAGAGGAUAAAAACAGACGAGAGGGCCAUGCAGCUGUUAGGGGACAUCAGGGAGCAAGCUCAACAAUUCCAGAAAAUGAGAGAAGAGAACAACAGAGCGACACUGGAGGAACACAAGGAGAUCAUCUCUCAGCUGGAGCAGGAGAAGUAUGCUGUGAGCAGGAGGGCAGACAAACUGGAGAAGGAGCUGAAGAGAUCAGAGAAAGAGGCAGAAGAGUGGCAGAAGAAGGCUGAGAAGUGGCAGCACAAGUAUGACAAGAUGAAGGAGAACACCAGGAGGAGCUCCCAGGUGUUCAAGUGUGAGAUGAGUAUUUCCUCAGAGCAGCACCAGUCAGAGGCGGCUGAACUCAGAGCUAGGCUAGAGAAGAUGACUCGUCAGAACUGCGAGACAUGUGAGUUAUUAGAGAAGGUACGCAAGGCCAAAGAGAAGGUGGAAGAGGAGCUGAUCUCUCUGAAACAGAAAGUUGGAGACGAGAAUGUCAGAAUCAAGCUGUUUGAAGCAGAGGAGAAAUGUCAGGCGCUGGAGGAUGAGCUUGAAAAGCUGAAGAGAGCUGAUAACAGAGAGGAGUCCAACAAGGCAGAGCUCAAGGAGAAGAGCAAACGUAUACAGCUGCUGACGACAAAAGUUACUGAUCUGGAAGAUGAACUCCAUGAGAAGGAGCAGCACCACCAGAAUCAGGCCAAACUUUUCUUUGACAAGAGAACAGAGCUGCAGGAUAAAAUACAGAGUUUGGAGAACCAGGUUGCCAAACUGAAUGAGGAGAAACACAUGAUAGAGCUGAACAGCACCAUCUCCAUCGAUGACUAUGAGGAGAAGGGGCAGAAGGUCCUGGAGAUGGAAAAUACUAUAGCUAUGAUGAAGACAACCAUGGCACACCUCCAGAAGCAGGUGGAUGAGUACAAGAAGAUGGAAGGUUCCAUUCCAGAACUCAAGGAAUCCAGAAAAAUCAAGGAGGGUCGUAUCUGUGACCUGGAGCAGGAGAAGAAGUACUUUGAGAAGAGGAUAGAACAGCUGGAGAUGCAGGUGCAGCAGAUGCAGACCAGGAUGGACUACAACAGGAAGAGGGUCAUCGAGGUGCAGUCUGAGAUGCAAGUGGAGUAUGAAAAGCACCAGACAGAAGUGAAGACAAUCCGCACCAAGCUCCAGGAAUGCGAGCGUUUAGCAGAUGACGCCAAGCUGAAGAAGUCCCAGUGGGAAGCUGUGGAGAAGAGCCUGAAGAGCAAGGUGGAAGAGCUGCAGAAGGGAGAGAAGCAGCUGAAGGCUAGGAUUGCUGAGCUUGAGGUGGAGGGCAAGCAUGCAGAGAAGGAGGCAAAGGAGAAAAUUGCAAAUCUGGAGCGUGAGAAGUCCACAGUAGAAUCCAGGCUUGCAGCUGCAAAGAAUUCCAGCUCUGAAAUGGAGAAGAAGGUCCAGAAGGCUGCCGAAGAGAAGAUGAAACUGGAGGCACGUCUAAAUGAGGCCAGGCAGGAGUCGCAGGAUAACAGCGGGAAGCUCAGGAAGCUGGAAGAGCAAAACAAGCAGCUGAAAAUGGUGUGCACCGAGCUGGAAAGUCAGAUAGAGGACAUGGAGGCUCUCAACCUGGACCUGGAGGAAAAUGAUGGCAAGCUGGUGGAAGAAAAGAAUAACCUGGAGAAGAAGCUGGAUAGUCAUGAAGAGGAUGUGGCAAAACUCAAGUCAGAACUUAGCUCUGUUCAUCAAGCAAGGUUGUUGGUAGAGAAACGUUAUGAUGAAUUGAAUCAGCUGUACGACACCACAGUGGCUGCUCAUCAGCUGGAAGUGAACACCCUGACUGGGAGACUUGCAGAACAAAAAGAAAGAAAUGACAAGAUUUAUAAGCAGCUGCUUGAGAUGGAGUCCCUGAAGUCUGACCUGGAGCUGGAGGUGAAGAACCUGCAGAGAGAGGUGGACGCCCUCACACAGGAAAAUGUGGGCAUCAAGGAGGAGAUCUCUGUAAUGAUCACCACAACCAAGAGCCUGAAGACCACCAACUUCAAGCUGGCCCAGGGUCUGGAGGAGGCUGUGGAGAAAGGAGAGAUGCUGAAGGAGGAGAACUCAGAGUUGCAGAACAGGAUAGAAUCUGUACAGGUUCAGCACAGCCAGGAGAAGUUCAAGCUGGACAGCACCAUAGCUCAGCAGACUAAACUCAUUGACUACCUGCAGUCUAAAACAGAGAAUCCUCCUAAGAAAAAGAAGGCCAUAUUCAGCAGCACCUCUAAGCCCAAGCCAGGCAGCACCCCUGCCCCAGUGACCAGCACCAACCAGGUGAGGGACCUCCAGGGCAGGCUGGAACACGAGAGAACCAAGAACCAGGACUUGAGAGAACAGAUCAUCAAACUGCAGAGUCAGGUGCAAGAACUAAAGAGAGACCUAGACAAGAAGGGUAUGGGAGUUCAGCAGAGUGAGGCUCCCAUUCCAGCCAGGUACAAGACCUCUCUGGCCUUCCAGUUCAGUGCCACCGACCUCCUCAGGGCCACCAGGGACAGGGACGAACUGGACACUUCGUCCAGCAGCUCAGGGUCGUCCAGUCAGGGGCAGGAGAGGAUGAGACAUAACAUCCCUCACAAGUUCACCACUGGACUGAACACCAGGGCCAGGCAGUGUGCUGUAUGUCUGGGGACCAUUCCCUUUGUCAAACAGGCUUCUAAAUGUACAGAGUGUAACAUAGUGUGCCACCCCAAGUGUCACCAGGCCCUGGCAGCCACCUGUGGUCUCCCCACUGAGUACAUGGAGCACUUCACGGCCAGGAUGAACAGGAGGGACAUGUCCCCGACCUCGCGCUCCUCCAGCAGUGACCUCAGCUGGACUGAGAUGGAGGGAUGGAUGAAGAUACCAAGCAAAUCUGGCAAGCAGGGCUGGGAGAAGAAGUGGGUCACCUUGGAGGACACCAAGCUGUGUAUAUUUGAUGACCACACCUGCCAGACCAUGGUGGACGAGUUUGACCUGUGUCCACCCAAGGGGACGGUGUCCCUCCACACUGCGGUGUCCCCUGCGGAGAUCAACACGACGGCUGUGGCAGACCUGAGGUUCAUCAUGAAGCUGGAGGCCAGGUCUCACACCACCUGCUGGCCUGGAAGAACAAUGUAUUUGAUGGCUCUGAGUUUUCCUGAGAAGCAAAAGUGGAUAGCUACAAUAGAAGCCAUUAUCAACCAGCAGGAUGAGGAUGACAGAGAAUUCCAGGCGAAAGUUCUAGGUAACUCCAUCCUGCGAGUUAAAGGCAACAGCAGAAUUGACGUGAACUGCACACUGUUGCUAGACAAUCAGAUCCUUCUGAUAGGGGCAGAGGAAGGGUUGUUUGCCCAUGAGCUCCUGAGCAAGCCCCAGGCUACCAGUAUCACCAGGAUGGCAGGCAUGAACCUCCCUGUCUACCAGAUCAAGAUACUCAAGGAGAUGGGCAUGGUGCUCAUGAUCAGAGGAAAAGACCGCCAUAUCGCCACAGUAGAAUUCAAGAUCAUGAAAGCCAAGGUCCACGAGGCCCUGGUGUCCAAGUCCUCUGUGGUCAACCUGACCUGUGUCCAGAAUGUCCUUGGCUGUACAGUGCUGGACUGUGCCAUGACAGGGGAUGGAGGGUGCAUUGUGGCAGCCAUGCCCACCAAAGUGGCCUUACUCAAGUACAACACAAGUCUUAGGGAGUUCUGCCUAAGAGGGGAAUUCUCUACGGCAGACCCUUGCAGCUGUAUAUGUGUGACCUCCAGCUUUGCAAUCAUUGGAACAGACAAGUUCUACAAACUCUCUUUUGACAACAACAAAAUCACAGAAUAUUUAGACAAGACAGAUAGAUCUCUGGCAUUUGCAGCCUAUGGUGCUGCCAGCUAUGACAGCUUCCCAAUCUCUGUCCUCAAGGUGAAGCCAGGGGAGUUCCUGCUCUGCUGGAAUGAGUUUGGCAUCUUUGUUGAUUCUAAUGGCAGAAGAAGCAGAUCUGAAGACUUGAAGUGGAAUGGAUUGCCCUUGGCAUUUGCAUUCCGAGAACCAUACCUGUUUGUGACUCAUUUCAACUCCUUGCAACUUUUGGAAAUCAAAGAACAUGGGAGCGGAGGCCAGGCCACUCUGGAUCUGCCCAGUCCUAGAAUGCUGGGUCCAGCAGUCAGCCCUGGUGCCGUGUACAUAGGCUCUGUGUCCCCCACCACUGUGGAGAUCUACUGCUUCAAGGGGAACCUGCAGGCCUGCAGCCAGAUAGACUCCUCAGACUACUCAGACACUGAGUCCAAGGAGAACUACAAUGUGAACACUCCUGCAAGUGUCAGGUCUACUAGGAUCAGCAACAAAAGAGAAAUAAUGCAAAAUACUCCUAGCCAGCGCUUCAAGAGCCCAUACCCAACAUCUUCAUCAAGAAGACCAACUCGCAGAUCACCGAGAUUUUCUCCGUCAGAUGACGACACAUUUGAUGGUGCCAGUACAAUAGACUUGGACUCGGACACAGCCAGUCUGUCCAGCUACACAGAGACCACCGUCAAAUAUAAGUUUGCUGCAAGUCCCAAAGUGAAGAGGGCCAAGUAUGGGAAAGUGGUGCACACAGACUUGUAGAUGAUUGGUGUUGGUGACCUGAGCCGACAUACUGUUACAUUUGAAUUUCAAAUAUAGACUAGAAGACAUAGAAACACCCAACAUUAGAGUAACUGAUAAAAUAUAUAUAGACCACUUUUGUACUCUGUUUAUGUUAUCAUAUUAGCACCUCUGAGGGUAACUUACGGUCAUUUGAGUACAGUUAUACGGAAAAGUGUCCAUUGUAGUAUGUUAUUGCAAUAAUUCAUGCUUGCAUUAAGUUUUAGAGGAAGGUUACCUUAAGUUUCAGACUGUUGUAAAAUAGACAGAUUGGAUGAUAGUAAUAUAUUUAUGUAAACUCUGUGGUAUUGUAUAUAAGCAGCAUAGAAAAGCAUGAACCUUAGAAGUACGAGUGUGAACCAGGAUUAUAUCAGUGAAUCAAGCAAGUGAAGAGAGUAGCUGUGAAGAGCAAAUGUAUUACAAUCAAGGAUAACAGUAAAAUUUGCCAAUAUGUGUAUUGUUAUUAUAUCCAUAUUUUGUAAAAUAAAGAACUGUUCAGAAUA